CAAGGAUGUACCCGCCAUGGCUGCAGGUUUCCCUGGCUCCUUCCAUACGUACAAACAGCACAAUAAUCUCCUCUAUUUCAUAGGAUUCACAACAUAGACUGCAGUUUUAGGAAGAAUGGAGGACGACACAGACCAUCCUGAGGAUGAGAUCACGUGCUCGUCACGUGAUAACUUCGUGAUUAACGAGUGUCCGUACUGCGACUUCAACUCCCAGUACAAGAAGAACCUCACACGUCAUCUGAAGAGGGCCCACCCGCGCGAGAGGUUUUACAAGUGCAGCCACUGCCAGUUCACCACGCCGUUCGAGUGUGAGAUGAACAUACACAGCUCUAAACACAAAGUCUGGGCGAUCAAAAUCUACCGAUGUCGUCACUGUGAGUUCGCCGCUACCCGCCGUAAGGCUCUGAGAGCGCACAUGGCCAAACACACAAAACCGUACAUGUGUGGGGAGUGCGGGUACAGGGCGGCGUACAAGUCAAACAUGGCGUCUCACAUGAAAAUUCACAUCGGAGAAAAACCUUACAGAUGUACGCGCUGCUGCUACGCGACCGCGGAGUCGGCAAAACUUUCGCGUCACAUGAGACUCAAACUGCACCGCCCCGAAGAUCCGCAAGAGGGCGUCUACAAAUGUCCGUGUUGCGACUUCAUGUCUUCAACGUUGUCCGUCAUGAUUGUGCAUUUUGCUACGCCAAACACGGACCACUUUUUGUGUAAGAUUUGCUCGCACGUCAUGGCAAACAAGGGCGAUUACGAAGUGCACAUGCACAGCCACAUAGGAAAUCAGUAUUUCCCCUACCAAAACGGAAAAUGUAACACGUUUUGGAAGCGUCGGCGUAUGUACUGCACUCCAACGAAACUCGACGUCCGGACACCUGUAAAACCCCAUAUCAGUCCUCCAACUUAUUCCGACUUCUACUGGUCAAAGAAACUGUUGAACUGCUGUUUGGAUAGCCUUCGUCGCCCGACGUAUUGGCUUUGUUACAAGGAUCAACAUGGGGAUUUCUUGGCAACCUCAGAGAGACUGGAUCGGUUACCCCUUUCACAACCGCCAGUGAGUCCAGAACACUUCUUGAACGACAAGAACUCAGAAAACCCUCUUGAAGAUAAGGAUUUUGGAAAUGACCACAGUACUAAAGAAAACAAUAACAACCACUGUUACCCUGUACUCUGUACACUCCUGACUACAGAGGUUAAGUAGACACACAGAAUACAGACUCUGAAUUGCAUUCCAUUCUUACAAUCCAAAAUGUUCUCUUCGCACGUUAUAAUAUUCCCCAAUCAGAUAGCCUGGUAUCCAGCCGUAUUUGCUAAGAGGACAGAAGAGACUCGGGAGCUAUAAUACGGUUGGAUACGAGGCUACCAAACAUACGCACAAUUCUACUUAAUUUUAUUGUCUAUGACAUUCUGAGAGAAUUCUGACUACUUAGCGCUAUACAAGCAGAACCCCUAGCAGCUAUAUGUUGUUACUGAAGUUAACGAUGUUGUUGCUACUGUUGUUGUGACCUUUUGUUAGUUAUAAUUUCAA